AUGGCCACCAAUUCCUCCAUUGCUACGGUGGCAUACGUUGCGGACACCCACGUCAUCCCGAAUUUUGAUCCAUUGGGUCUCACCGUGGUCUGGGAAAAGAAUGGACUUCGCCAAGCCACUGCACUGCACGUGGAUCCGGAUGAACUAGCGGACGUCAGCAGCCAGCGCAACUUUGCCAAGAGGUUGGUGAAGAAGUGGGAAUUUCUGCAAGAACAUCACACAGCGCAGGUGGAAGCGCUUCUAAAACGCUUAGCUCAGCGGCUUUUGCCCAUUUAUCGUAUUGAGCCCCAGGAGGCCUUAGGCACUUGGGAGGUUCCCGGUCGACCUGCCAAGGCACUGGUUUGGUCGCGCAUCCGCAAAAAUUUGGCUCAGCGACAAACAAACGACUUUCACGACAUCCGUGGCCUGUGGGAUGGGGGCAGUAUGUUCGAUGAGAGCCUCGAGGAGGAUAUCGAUGUGAUCGAAGAACUGAUCCCAGCGGCAGCCAAUGAGGCUGACCAUCCCAGCAGGGACUUCUGGCUUGGGGCUCGACCCGCUCCAUAUGCCUCCAGAUGUCGACUGGGCUGGAUCAGCCUGCUCGCGGUCGCCAGCUGCGCCCUGCUUGCGCUGCUGUUCCGAAACAUCCCUGGGGAGCUUAGUCCUCUGGGUGGAGCGACUCAGGCUCCACAGGUCACAGAGCUUCAGGCCAGCGAGGCGAAACGGAACGUCGCGCGCGGCAACCCGACGGCGCCCAGCCAAAGAACUGGGCGACGGAAGGCGAGCGAUCACCGAUGUGUCACAAAGGGAAAGGGAUGA